CCCACUCUUUAUUUUAUCAUCAUCAACACUCUUGACUCGAUCGUGGCUGCGCAUGCAAGGCAUGCAUCACUCCUUCUGACUCAUCCCGAUCCACGAGUCUUGACUGCUGCCACCUCCUGCUUGAUCAGGGGCCCAGUGGUGCGCAGCUCCACCACCCACGAGUCGGCCCGAGCAUCAUGGCUUCUUACGCUGACGAGCUACUAGCGGAUCUAGGAUCGGACUCGGAGGGUUCUGGAAGAGAGUCGCCAGAGCCCGUAGGAGACAAUGGUGCAAAUGCGCAAGCACCGGUUGCGGACGCUGGAGAGGGGAAGGGGGAAGACAUGGAAGUGGAUGGGGCUGAAAGCCAAAAGCUGAUGAAUGUUCCAGAGGGAGGAACGCGACCCGCCGAGGAGAUGGAUCAGCAAGAGGUGGACAGGAUGAAUUUGAAGGAUGUGCACAGCGUUCGGAGUGUCGCCAAGCUUUUGCAGGGGUCAAAGUUGCAGGAGACGCUCAGAGCUAUCGAUGUGUACAUCAACCAACCGGGGCCUUCAGCUGAAGGUGCCAAUCAAGCCAUGGCGGCUUCUUCCGAGGACUCGGAUGAGUACCGCUUGAUCGUCAAAUCCAACAAUUUGGCAGUGGACAUCGAUAAUGAGGUGCUCAUUGUACACAAGUACAUACGAGAUCACUACGCCCCUCGCUUUCCAGAGCUAGAAUCGCUCAUUCCCAACCCUUGGGAUUUUGUGCGCGCGGUACAAGCUUUGGGAAACGACGAGAGCCUCACCAAGGCUUCCUUGGAGCAAAUUUUGCCACACGGCACGGUAGUGGUGAUCAGCAUGACGGCAUCUACCACACAGGGCAAGCCUCUAUCCACUCAAGAAUGGCGCCGGGUCGAAGAAGCGACGGAGUCGGUGUUUGAGCUCGAGGCAGCUCGUAGAAAGAUUCUGUCCUACGUCGAGAGCAGGAUGACUUUGAUCGCGCCUAAUCUGAGCGCUGUGGUGGGCACGCGAGUCGCCACCAAGCUACUGGGUGUCGCUGGAGGUUUGACGGGCUUGAGCAAGAUUCCUGCUUGCAACGUACAUCUCCUCGGCGCAUCCAAGAAAGCUGCCACUGGCUUCUCGACCGCUUUCCACAAUCGACCCGUUGGCUUCAUCUUUCAAGCGCCGCUCAUACAAGAGGUGGGCGAGGAGUAUCAUCGACAAGCUCAAAGGAUUGUUAGUGCUAAAGCAAUGCUGGCCGCUCGAGUGGACAUGAAUGGCUCGGACAAGUACGGCACCUACGGCGCGAGGAUUCGCAAAGAGCUGGAAAAGAGAUUGGAAAAGCUUCAAGAGCCACCGCCAGUCAAGAUGACCAAAGCUCUGCCGAUCCCGAAAGAAGGUGGAAAGAAACAGCAGAGAGGAGGUAGGAGAGCGAGAAAGUUGAAGGAGAUCAAUGGAACGACGGAUUUGAAGAAGCAGCAAAAUAGGAUGGAGUUUGGCAAGGCGGAGGAUGAGGCGGGCAUCUUUGACGAGACGGUGGGGUUGGGCAUGAUGUCUGCUGGGCAGACUGGGCGUGUGAGAGCCAAAGUUGCCAACAAGGCGCACGCUGCCAAAAUGUCAAAAAGCAACAAGGACCGGCUGGCAGCUUUGAAGGGCAGAUCGGCCGCUUCUGCAUUGGACGCUGGCGGAGAAUCGUCAGGUACAGCUUCCAGUCUGUCCUUUACCCCAGUGCAAGGUAUAGAAUUGGUCGACCCUUCUCGCCAACGACGUGUCGAUGAGGCGAAUGCAAAGUGGUUCAAGGAAGGCACGUUCUCGCUCGCGCCUGGAGCCAGGGGCAAUAUCAUUCCUGGCUCUUCAACUUCCGGUAGCGCUGUGCCUUCCGCACCAGGAAGUAUGGGACCUCCAUCACUACCGCCAACCAAAAGACCGCGAGUGGAGUAGGAGCUGAUUCACGUUGGACUUCGAUCAAACUUGCAAAUCUUUGUGUACAGUACUAUACAUGGCGCAAGCAUGAGCGUGCGUUCUGUCACUUGGGACAUUCCACCCUGCGCCUGAGCACCUCUCUGGCGGUGUUGAGAUCAUAAUUCUCCGCAAUUCCGAGGUCUUGUUUGAGCGCGACCCAAACUCUCGUAUGGUUUGCUGGGUCCUCAUCGAACAGAGCUCUAGUAGCACGAGACAAUGUCCACUUUUCCCUCGCAUCGGUAGACAG